CAUAAAUACUCUUUAAACUUUCGUAGCAGGUAGUUGAGAUAUAUUCAUUUUUUCUAUAAAGUCCAUCAUUUGAGAAACCACCAUAAUCAUAACAACAAAGAAAAAAAAAACUCAAAAAACCAACAAUGGAGGUACUAAGAGUACAAACAAUAGCUCAUCAAGCCAAAGACUCACCAAUCCCCUCCAUCUUCGUUAGGGCAGAAACCGAACAACCAGGAAUAACAACCGUCCCCGGCGUCAAACUGGAGGUCCCGAUAAUUGACUUCAGCAAUCCAGAUAGAGAAACGUUACAAAGCGAGAUAACGGAGGCAGCUAAAGAGUGGGGGAUGUUCCAACUUGUGAACCAUGAGAUUCCAAGUAAUGUUAUAAGAAAGUUGCAAAGUGUUGGCAGAGAGUUCUUUGAGUUGCCGCAAGAAGAGAAAGAGGUUAUUGCUAAACCUGUUGGGUCGAAUUCAAUUGAAGGGUAUGGGACUAGUCUGCAGAAAGAGGUGAAUGGGAAGAAAGGUUGGGUGGAUCAUUUGUUUCAUAUUAUUUGGCCUCCUUCUUCUGUUAAUUAUAGUGUUUGGCCUAACAAACCUGCUUCUUACAGAGAGGUGAAUGAAGAAUAUGGAAAGUAUCUACGUGGAGUGAUAGACAAACUAUUCAAAAGCUUAUCAAUAGGGCUUGGACUUGAAGAGCAUGAACUUAAGGAAGCUGCAGGUGGAGAUAACAUGAUUCACCUAUUGAAAAUAAACUACUACCCACCUUGUCCAAGUCCUGAUCUUGUCUUAGGUGUGCCACCACACACUGACAUGUCUCAUGUCACCAUUCUUGUCCCUAAUGAAGUACAGGGCCUCCAAGCCUCAAGAGAUGGUCAAUGGUACGAUGUUAAGUAUGUCCCCAAUGCUCUUAUCAUUCACAUUGGCGACCAAAUGGAGAUACUAAGCAAUGGGAAAUAUAAGGCUGUGUUGCAUAGAACAACGGUGAACAAAGAUGAGACAAGAAUGUCUUGGCCAGUUUUCAUUGAGCCUCAAGGAGAUUUUGAAGUUGGUCCUCUCCCAAAGUUGAUUAACAAAGACAAUCCAGCAAGGUUCAAGACCAAGAAAUAUAAGGAUUAUGCUUAUUGUAAGCUUAAUAAGAUUCCUCAGUAAUGGAAAAAGGCUUUGCAGCAUAAUAAUUUGGUGGACAUUUCAUGUCACACUAGGAAUAUAUUGUUGCUUGUGUUGGUUAGUUUUAACAAAUUGUCAUGUGGCAUGCAUGAACAACAUAAAAUAUGUAGCUAAUGUUGGGUGCUAUGAUUUUGUUAUUAUGAAUUUCACUAGACUUUUUUA